UCACGAUGUCGCGACAAGGUUUUAUUCUGAAUUGUUUAACCAAGUUGGCCUCAUAUCCCGGAGUUAGCAUUUUAUUACUUUACAUCCGUGCAUCUACUUUUCUUGCAUGUACUCUUUUUGCAGUAUUUUACCUUAAUCUGAGUUGUUUUUAAGUUACAUUUAGUCAUGACAGUGCUUGUGUGAACUUUGAGGCGUGCUAUGCUAAGCUGCGGGCGUUUCAGGAUACACGCCUUUAUGCUUUACUACAAGUUGUUUUGAUACAGAUAUCAUUGGGCCUAUAUUCGUGCUAUUUCCAUCAAAAGCGCUGAACGACAGGAAAAUGUCACUGGAGGACUAUGAGAGGCACUUCGACUCUCUAAACUCGGAGCUGGGCGGCGGGUCGGUGGUGAGUGAGCGGUCUGCUGCGAGCUCGUUUAAUGGCGAAGAGGAGAAGUUGCAUUACAUUCCUAUCCGGAUCCUCGGAAGGGGGGCGUUUGGUGAAGCCACAUUAUACAGGAGAACUGAAGAUAACUCCCUGGUGGUGUGGAAGGAGGUAGAUCUCAACUCUCUCUCUGAAAAGGAGCGCAGGGAUGUGAUGAAUGAAAUAAGCAUCCUCUCUAUCUUGGAACAUAACAACAUAAUUGCCUAUUUCAAUCACUUUAUGGAUAAAAACACCUUACUCAUUGAGUUGGAAUAUUGUAAUGGAGGAAAUCUUUAUGAUAAAAUUGUUCAGCAAAAAGGAAAACUGUUCAGUGAGGAGGUAGUCAUAUGGUAUUUAUAUCAGAUUGCCUCAGCGGUGACUCACAUUCACAAAGCAGGAAUCUUACACAGAGAUAUCAAAACUUUGAACAUUUUCCUGACUAAAACCGACCUGAUCAAACUGGGUGACUAUGGUCUUGCAAAAAAACUAGACUCUGAAUUUUCAAUGGCAGAGACGUGUGUGGGAACACCGUAUUACAUGUCACCUGAGCUGUGCCAAGGAGCAAAGUAUAACUUUAAAUCAGACAUCUGGGCCAUGGGCUGUGUUCUUUAUGAAGUCUUAACCCUGACAAGAACAUUUGAUGCUACGAACCCCCUUAACUUGUGUGUAAAAAUAGUUCAGGGCAACUGGACUAUGGAAGUAAACUCUGAUGUGUAUUCGUCAAAACUGAUUGAUGUAGUUUACCAAUGUCUUGAUCAAGAUCCUUCUAAGAGGCCCACUGCUGAUCAGGUUCUGGACCAACCUUUCAUUAUGUGCUGCAGAUCGGAACUUGAGGAGCGUGUUGCACUUUUAAAUUCUGCAAUGAAGAAACCAAAGCUAAACACAGUAACUGAGACCCCUGUUGCUAUAGUAACAACACGAUCCAGGGAGGUGUACUUCUGGGGUGGGGGAAAGUUCACCCCCCAGAAAUUAGAUGCAUUUAAAGGAGGCAGUGGAGCCCAGCAUGUGUGCGCAGGAGAGAGUCAUUUUGCAGUUGUGACAGUGGAGAAAGAACUAUACACCUGGGCUAAUGUCCAAGGUGGGGCAAAAAUGGUGGGACAGCUCGGGCAUGGGGACCAGGCUUCAUAUCGACAGCCUAAGAAAGUAGAAAAGCUUCAGGGAAAGGCUGUGCGACAGGUGGCGUGUGGAGCUGACUUCACUGCUUGUGUCACUGAUGAGGACCAGAUGUACAUGUUUGGCUCAGACUACUAUGGCUGCAUUGGUGUGGAGGGAGAGAUGGGCAUGGAGGUGCUGGAGCCAGUUCUGUUGGAGUUUUUUGAGGAGCGUCCUGUUCGGCAGGUGUCAUGCGGAGACAACCAUGUGGUGGUCUUGACCCAUUACGGAGUCAUCUACUCCUGGGGCUGCGGAGAGUAUGGGCGUCUUGGCCUUGAAUGUGAGGAUGACUUCUCUUCUCCAAUGCAAGUGGAGCUAGCCAAAGGAGCCACAAUCUCAUCUGUGUCAUGUGGGAGUGAUGGAACCUUCUUUUUGACAGAUACAGGAAAAGUCCUAGCAUGUGGAAAUAAUGAAUUCAACAAGCUGGGUCUUAACCAGGGCUACUCUGGUAUAAAGAACCAUCCUGGAGAAGGCUUCCAGGGAAUCCCGUACAUAACCACCUUGACAUUGGUAAAACAAUUGUCGCUGUUUAAAAUCCAGACCAUUGCUCCAGGAAAAAGCCACACUGCUGCUAUUGAUGUGCGCGGGAGGCUGAUGACUUUCGGAUGCAACAAGUAUGGACAGCUAGGCGUAAAGGACUUUAAAAAGCACCAAGGUGUUCAAGUUCUUGUGGGGCCUUUUGGAGGAAAGACAGUGACCAAAGUGUCCUGUGGUGAUGGAUUCACCAUCGCUGCCACUGAAGACAAUCAUAUCUUUGCAUGGGGAAAUGCUGGAAACGGACGACUUGGAAUGCCUGCAGAUAAAGGCUUUGGUUCAGAGGUGUGCCCUGCCAUGCCAAGGCCCAUUUUUGGAUCGCUUCAUCAUGUACCAGAUCUGUCUUGCCGUGGCUGGCAUACUAUUAUUAUAAUGGAAAAGGUCCUGAACUCCAAGACAAUCCGUUCAAACAGCAGUGGACUUUCAAUUGGGAGCGGUAUUGGUCAGGGAGCCUCCACAUCCACAGUGGAUCUGGAUAUAGAGGCAGGCUCAGACACAGAGAGUCGUGACAGAGGCCUUGGUGGGACAGUGGAAAUUGAGACUGAUGAGUCUCUUUUGGAGACACCAAUGAUGUCAAGAACAUCUGGAGACAGCUCCUGUCCUCUGUGGCUUAGAAAGGAGCUUGAAGAUGCAGAGUUCAUCCCAAUGCCUGAUGAUCCUAUGCAGUCUAUUCCCAGCCAGCUUUCAUCUUUUUCAGAGAGCGUCACCCUGCCUUAUGAAGAGCUGAAAGAGCUCAAGGCUGCUGCAGCUGCACUUAGCACCAAAAAAGAACUUCCAACAAUGCGUAUGAGCUCUGGUAGACUAAAUGGAUUGGAAGAAGCUGAUUUGUGUAGAAGAGGAGAAUGCAAAGCUAGUUGUGAGGUUACACAGUUGCGUGAGACAGUGACACAGCAAGACUUGAGGAUACAAAUGCUGGAAAAGCAGGUCAGUGAGCAGAAGAAAGAGAAUGAAAGACUGUGGGCAGCAAUUAGUCGUUUAUCGCACCAAGGAUGUGACAGCAAUGGUAAUCACCACUCUGACCAAAUGCCUAGGGAUGGAGGCGGAAGAGCAGCAGGGUUAAAGAAACAUGGAGGCAGGUCUGCUGGGGCUAGUGUUUGAGCCCAAUAUUUUUUUAUUUGACAAAGCCAAUUAUGCUAAUCAUUAAUCAUGCAAGCAGUUGGUAGUGUUCUGCAGUGCCUCACUUGUACCCAAAGACAGCUACCAUAGCUUUAUAAUUCAGCUGUUACGUGUAAGUGCACAAUACCGAGUUCCAAACAAAGGUAACAGUGAUUUUAAAUGUUGGCUGGAUUCAACAUAAAAAAUAUUUAUCACAAAACAAGGUGGGUUUGACAGUGUCAUAAAAGGAUAUAUAAAACGUGCGAUUGCUGUAAUGGUAGCACAGAGUUGGGGUAAUUGUAUUCAAAUACAUUGAAAUUUGUCCUUUAAGAAGUCAAGGAGCAUAGCUGAUUCCAUGUCAUGUCAAUUCAGUGCAGUAGUUGGAUUACAGCGGUCUUGAAAUGUGAAAUGUAUUUCAUAUUAUAGUGCCAAAGCCUCAGUACCAGUUGUUGUGUCUGGCCAUUCAUGAUAAACAUUUUAUUUAAAAGCAUACCUUAUUUUAUAAAUUAAAACUACUGACUUUUUUACAGGCUGUUUUACAGUUUCAUGCUUGCGCCUUUUGCUGAUUUACAGUUGAAAGGUUUAUUUAGAAAAGUUUGUCCUUAUAAAUGAUAUAUGGUCCUAUAACCUGCAAUCUUUGCAUGCUAUAUAAGCUCUGUCAUUCAUGUUUGUCUAUAAUGUUUUUGCCUUAUCUGCCUUGGGUACUGUCAUUCUGAUAUGCAAAUAUGUAAGCCAUACUUUGCUAUGACAAUCCUAUGCAAAAGUGUGAUUGUUUUGUUUACAGUGAGUGUUAGCCUUAAUAUUAUAAUGAUGUGUUGCUUUGAGGAAAAUAAAGUGGAAUGUCAAAGUUACAAAACUUAACAUUUGUGGAGAAAUACACUUUAUUUUUAAUGUUUGUGGAAAUAUAACCAUUGUUGUGCCUCACCUGUUUUGUAAAUAUAUUUGUUUAUAUUCUCUACUCUAUUAAAUGAUUGAAAUAUA